AAGGAGAGCAUCUGUCCACUGGCAGAUCAGGCCAUGCCCACCUUCCCCUGUUGGCACCUGCACUCUUCGUCCCAGGCACAGCCCUGCCAUUUUACUUUCCCUUUUCUUCUGUGAGGUACAAGGAAUAUAUUAGUCAUAAAACAAAAGCAGGACAGAUGGGCUGAGUUUUAGAAUAGUUUACUUCAGCGGAAAAGCCUGGAAUGUAAAAGCCCAAAGAGAAGGUCAAAGAGUUGACUGUGGAGAGGACCUGAGAAGAUUUGGAAGGGGUGCGAGUGAGGGAAAGUGUCCCAGUUUAGAAAUAUUUAUUCUGACAUAAGCUUUUCUCCCCAGGUACCGCUGAAUUUAGGUAAGCUUAGGAAGGAUUACAAUAUAUCAAAGUGACUAAAAGCACAGGUUUUAAAAUCAGUUAUGGAUUUCAUUCUACUAUGUGAUUCUGGGCAAAUAAUGUAACCUCUCUGAAUCUCAGUUUUCCUACAAUGUAAGAUAAAAUAUGCUCAGCUUAGAAUUAAAUGAGAUAACAAAUUACCAACACAGGGCUUAACAUAUUUAUCACCCCUUCAGUAAAUAAUCGUGGCUGUUACCAGAACUCUUAAUGAGAGAAGUGGCAAGUGAGAGGCAGAACUUCCAGGUGGAGAUCCCCAGACCAGCCAGGCUAAUGAUGCGAACUUGGACAGGUCAUUCCCCCCAUGACUGUGAAAUAGCACAGGGAUGCACCAGAAGGCCAUGGCAGGAUGGCUGACAAGAAAUUGGGAAGUGACUUAGGAGGAAAGCUGGAUGGAUGCCUGCUGGGAGAGGCAUCAUCUCCCUGCUUGCUCUGUGAUGUUUCAGUCCCUAGAAGACGAGCCAUGUCUCUGAGCAGCGCCUUCAGGGCUGUGGGCAAUGACCCUGGGAUCAUCACCUGGAGAAUAGAGAAAAUGGAGCUGGCUCUGGUGCCCCUGAAUGCCCAUGGCAACUUCUAUGAGGGUGACUGCUACAUCAUCCUCUCGACACGGAGAGUGGGCAGUCUCCUGUCCCAGGACAUCCACUUCUGGAUCGGGAAGGACUCCUCCCAGGAUGAGCAGAGCUGCGCAGCCAUCUACACUACACAGCUGGAUGACUACCUGGGGGGUAGCCCUGUGCAGCACCGAGAGGUCCAGUACCAUGAGUCUGACACCUUUCGCGGCUACUUCAAGCAGGGCAUCAUCUACAAGAAGGGGGGUGUGGCCUCUGGGAUGAAGCAUGUGGAGACCAACACCUAUGAUGUGAAGAGGUUAUUACAUGUGAAAGGAAAGAGAAACAUCAGGGCCACUGAGGUGGAAAUGAGCUGGGACAGUUUUAACCGAGGAGAUGUCUUCUUGCUGGACCUUGGGAAGGUCAUCAUCCAAUGGAAUGGGCCAGAGAGCAACAGUGCGGAGCGCCUAAAGGCUAUGCUUCUGGCAAAGGAUAUUCGGGACAGAGAGCGAGGGGGCCGUGCUGAAAUAGGAGUGAUCGAGGGAGACAAGGAGGCAGCAAGCUUGGCACUGAUGAAGGUCCUUCAGGACACCCUCGGCCGACGCUCCAUUAUCAAGCCUGCUGUCCCCGAUGAGAUCAUGGAUCAGCAGCAGAAAUCAAAUAUCAUGUUGUAUCAUGUCUCAGACUCAGCCGGGCAGCUGGCGGUCACAGAGGUAGCAACAAGGCCUCUGGUCCAGGACUUGCUGAACCACGAUGACUGCUACAUCCUGGACCAAAGUGGGACCAAGAUCUAUGUGUGGAAAGGAAGAGGAGCCACAAAGGUUGAGAAACAGAUGGCCAUGUCUAAGGCCCUGAAUUUUAUCAAGAUGAAGGGCUACGCCAGCAGCACCAACGUGGAGACCGUCAAUGAUGGUGCUGAGUCAGCCAUGUUUAAGCAGCUGUUCCAGAAGUGGUCAGUGAAGGAGCAGACCACGGGCCUGGGGAAAACGUUCAGCAUUGGUAAAAUCGCUAAAGUUGUCCAGGAUAAAUUUGAUGUGACUCUGCUACAUACUAAACCAGAGGUAGCUGCCCAGGAAAGAAUGGUCGAUGAUGGCAAUGGAAAAAUUGAGGUCUGGAGAAUUGAAAACCUAGAGCUGGUCCCCGUGGAGCAUCAGUGGUAUGGCUUCUUUUAUGGGGGAGACUGCUAUCUGGUUCUCUACACAUAUGAGGUUUACGGGAAGCUGCAUUACAUCCUGUACAUCUGGCAGGGCCGCCAUGCCUCACAGGACGAGCUAACAGCCUCUGCAUACCAGGCGGUGGAGGUGGAUCAGCAGUUUGACGGGGCCCCUGUGCAGGUUCGGGUGAUCAUGGGGAAGGAGCCACGCCACUUCAUGGCCAUCUUCAAAGGAAAGCUGGUUAUCUUUGAGGGUGGGACUUCCAGGAAGGGAAAUGCCGAACCCGAUCCUCCGGUAAGGCUCUUCCAGAUUCAAGGAAAUGACAAAUCAAACACUAAAGCAGUGGAGGUUCCAGCCUUCACCUCCUCCUUAAACUCCAAUGAUGUCUUUCUGCUGCAGACCCAAACAGAGCACUACCUGUGGUAUGGCAAGGGGUCUAGUGGGGAUGAACGGGCAAUGGCUAAGGAGCUGGCCAGGCUUCUCUGCAAUGGCACCGAGGAUGCUGUGGCUGAGGGCCAGGAGCCAGCAGAGUUCUGGGACUUACUGGGAGGGAAAACUCCCUAUGCCAAUGACAAAAGGCUACAGCAGGAAAUCUUAGAUGUUCAGUCCCGUCUCUUUGAAUGUUCCAAUAAGACUGGCCAAUUCAUUGUCACUGAGAUCACAGAUUUCACCCAGGAUGACCUGAACCCAGGUGAUGUGAUGCUCCUGGAUACCUGGGACCAGGUGUUCUUGUGGAUUGGGGCUGAGGCCAAUGUCACAGAGAAGGAAAGUGCUCUAGCUACCGCCCAGGAGUACCUGCACACUCAUCCGAGUGGCCGAGACGCUGACACACCGAUCCUGAUUAUUAAACAGGGGUUCGAGCCUCCCACCUUCACAGGCUGGUUCUUGGCCUGGGACUCUCGCAUUUGGAGCGCAGGGAAAUCAUAUGAACAGUUAAAAGAAGAGCUGGGAGACGCUGCUGCAAUCACGAGAAUCACUGCUGACAUGAGGAACACAACCCUCUCCCUGAAUUCUGAGCCAAAAUAUUACCCUAUAGAAGUUCUGUUGAAAAACCAGAAUCAAGAGCUGCCUGAGGAUGUGGACCCUGCCAAAAAAGAGAAUUACCUCACUGAACAGGACUUUAUUUCUGUGUUUGGCAUCACAAGAGGGCAAUUUGCUGCUCUGCCUGGCUGGAAACAGCUCCAAAUGAAGAAAGAAAAGGGACUCUUUUAAGGCAAGAAAGUAUAUACGCCUAUUGAAAGACCACAGAAGAGAGCAGACAGUGCCAAUAUCAAGAAUUUAUCAAUUGUUGCCUAACAUCCAGCUACUUAAUUUAGAUUAAAAAGGGUCUGCAAAUCACAGCAUGUUCUCCAUUUUUCUCAUCCUUGAAUUCCUCAGUUGUUAUAUACCUAAAAUAUUAACUACCCACUUUUUGAUUCUUGUGGCCUUCUAGCUAAAGCCUCAGCAGAAAGUACUAAAACUACAUGAAUCUGGAGAAGUCAAAAAUAAGAGAACGAAAAAACCCACUCAGUUUAAAAUGUUUAAUAUUAAGGCAAGGACCUAAGUUUGUUUUAAAUUUUAAAAUCAGUAUAUCCAAAACCUAUUUAACCCACAAAUCACUGAAUUUAAUCACAUGUAUACCCCAAAGCCAAAAUCCAAAUGCCCAGAUCUGUAUGUGCCUAGCUUUUUAACUUUUCAAAUAAAGAUACCUGUAUGAGCAAA